AUGUCUCUCGUCAACCUUUCUCACGUCUGCUCGCACCUGAACAAUGCCACAAAGGCUCGUCUUGGGCUUACGUCUAUCCCGAAUUCAAAUCUACACCUGAAACUAUGCCUUGCCCUCCAGGCCGGCGGCUACAUCUCGUCUGUCGUUCGGGGAGGCCCGACUCCUCCCAGCCAACAUAUUCUCCUUGGCCACCCUACGGUCAAUGAUGAAGCUGCUGGCGUGGAGCCCGUUACCCAAAGCAACGUUGCGUCCAGGCGACUCUGGCUGGGGUUGAAAUACUGGCAGAGCGAACCGGUUCUCGGAAAGAUUUCCAUGGUCAGCAAACCUAAACGGAGAAUAACGAUCGAUGUGGAGGGCCUGCGAAAAGUAGUGCGUGGAGAGAAGAGUGGCUACGUGGAAGGGAUUCGGUCGCCAGGAGAGAACCCUCAAUAUCUCUGCAUCAUGAAUGGAACCGGGGCGGUUCUGAAAAAUGUCUUGCUGUCAGGUGGCAGUGGCUUCGUGGGUGCAGCCAUCGCUAGAGCGCUUGUUGAGAAAUACCCUGAAUGUGCUCUUACUAUCAUAGAUCUGAAUCCGCCAGGGCCAUCCCAUGUUGUCCCGGAGGGCAUACCUUUCAUCCAGGUGGACAUCACUAACUGGGGUGAAGUCAGCAAGGCAGUUCAGCAAGUCAAACCAGACAUCGUCAUUCACACGGCAGGGAUUGUCCCACGCCUUAGUGAGAGGUUCGGCAGAAGGUUGGAAAGCCAGACCCGGAAAAUCAACGUGGAGGGAACCCGGAACAUGCUGGAGGCGGCGAAAAGGAGUGGAGUGAAGGGCUUCAUUUACACAAGCACCUGUUGCGUAGUAAUUGAUCAUAUGGAUAUGCCGUAUCCGAAUAUCGAUGAGCGAUGGCCGGCAUUUUCCUCGUCUCUGAUAUAUGGCGAAUCAAAGGCUGCUGCGGAGGCAAUGGUCCUCAAAGAAUCCAACGAGACAAUGGCUACAUGUUCUCUCCGGCCUUCCGUGCUCUGCGGGCCUGGCGAUGACACGCUAGUACCCCCCAUACAUGCAUGCAUUGCCAAGGGCGAAACCCCUUUCAUUAUCGGGGAUGGUCUCAACCUAUGGGACGUCACUUAUGUCGCCAACAUUGCCGACGCCCAUGUCCUGGCCGCUGAGAACCUUAUGUCUUCGAGGACUGCUGCCGGUGAAGCCUUCUUCAUUCAGAACAACGAACCAAUUGCCUUUAGGGACUUCUGCCUAGCCAUCUGGGCCCAUUUCGGUCAUACUCCACCCUUCGAAAUCCGGAUACCCCAGAGACUGGCCUAUUUCGCAGGCUUGGUGUCGGAAUGGUUGACCUGGCUUUUCGGAACAACCACCACGCUGAGCCGUGGAAGUGUGAAGGACGCAUGCUCUGUCCGCUAUGCUAGUGGAGAGAAGGCAAAGCAGAUAUUAGGAUACGAAGCUCGUGUUGGAAUUGAAGAUGGUAUCCGACUGAGCUGUGAGCCCGUCGUAUGCUCUGUCAUAAUCGGGGACCUGCUUCUAGAUGGGCCGGCGACCAACAUCAGUUUGACUCUCGACGAAAUGUCCACCAUGGAUGAGAAGUAG